AUUCGCCAGUUUUAACGGCGAAGCGCGCGAAGACUUUGACUUUGGUUGGUUGGUGUUGGUGGUGUGUUGUUAUUGAGUCACAGCGCGUCGCAAGCCACAGCCAGUCACAAAAGAUGAGCGGCUCGGAGAGGAGCGUGGGCAGUGCGACUGAGCGCGCCAUGGCGCUCAUGGCCAAGUUUGAGGCAUUGAAGAACAAGUACAUGCACAGGUCACCGCCCAGAACAGCGGCAACAGCAACAACAGCCUCAACAAGAUCGACAACGGCAACAACAGCAACAACGGCGGCUGCUGCUGCGACAACCUCAGGGCGUGGUCCGUGGUCGAGUGCACGAGGAGCGACAGCACCACAGCAGGCGUUGUCGCAACAAGCAACUAGCAGCGCGAGGGGAACAAGAACAACUGGCUUUGGAGAACGAAGGACAGUGGCGCAAGAGCUGUUUCCACCAUCGUGGUCUUCCUCAGUGCGCAGGCAUGACGAUGCGCAGCAGUCACGGCCGCCAAUAACGUCCACCUUGCGAGCCUCACAAGCGCAGUUUCCCUGGGAAGCAGCAGCAACAGCGUCCACCGUCAGCGAUUCCAGCCCGAGGAGGGGCGCCACCACCGAAGAAGAAGACCAAGAAGACCAAGAAGAGGAGGAGGACGAAGGCGAUGGUGGCACAGAAACCGAGGAACAAGAAGGACAGGAAAUGCGAGACACCGCACAAAGGCACACAGACUUGCAGCAGCAUCACUCGUGGCGAGCGCGAGAUGAGUUCAGUCGACCUGAGGAGGACGCAGAAACACGGGAAUCGAACGAAACAUCGGAUUCAGACGAGUACAUGACAGCAGACGACGACAGUGCGGACUCGGUUGCCACGUACUCCAUUGAAACAGAUGCGCACAGCUUCCACGAGCGGUUCGGCGACACGAUGCAGACGCCUCCGCCACGAAGUGUGGACACGAGCCCGCAGCGCCCGCGCCUCACGGCCUCAACGCGAAAGAGUCCAACACGCGUGCCACGGCGUCCACGCGAUAACGAAGAGCACGCGAUCAGUGACCAGCAAGGGGACUGGCCUGAAAGCGUGAACGUGACGGUGUGGGAGAGAGAGUGCGAGCGCAAGCCAGCGUCAACAUCACCCUCACGACCACGGGUCGAGAGACAGCUGUGGUCUCAGCAGAACAGCAGCACUGCCGACGACACUGGGCUCGGCUCCACGCUACCAACGAUGCGGAAGGGCGAGCCAUACUUGUUGGCACGCGCACACCAUGCAUCGCAUGCACCACGACGGAAACCGACGCAACAACAGCGAGAGCGCGCAGCUACCGUCAUCCAAGCAGCAUGGCGUGGAUUUGUGAUUCGGGCGACAGAUCCGGAUGUGGCCGCCGUCCGCCGCGAAAUUCGAACGCGCCGCAUGGAGGACCACAUUGUCUCCCUCCACAGGCAGCUUGACACAUUGCGUGCGGAGCUCGUGCGUGAACAGGAGUUGCGUGCCAUGCAACAGGAGGCAAUGCGGGCAAUAUGGGACAAGGCGCGUGUGCUGGCUGGGAGCGUGAAUCACAUGCAGCAGCGCGAGCAAACACGGGCGGCGAUUGUGCUGCAGAAACACAUCCGCGCCUGGCUGGCGAGAAAGCGUUAUUCGCGCGAACUCCACGACCGGCUGAGGAACAACAUGACGAUGAUGGCGCGAAGCAGAGCUGCGAUUGUUGGCGGGGACGACCAUGCGCUGCGGGAGGCGGUGCUGCAGCUGCAGGACCAGAUGUACGCGCUCAAAACCUCGCUCGACCGCGCCAUGAUGCGCACUGCAUGGGGGCACGCCAGGAACAGGCAGCAUCACGGACAACAGCAGCAGCAGCAACAGCAGCAGCAGUUGAGAGGGCUGUUGAAUGAGACGAUGUAGUAACGUGGGACGAUGUUGUGGCGCGGGCGCGUGUGUGCUGGUGUGCAGUGGACUGUGCAUAGAUUGGUACCAGUGAAAAACCACAACGCAUCGAGAGCGUAUUUUUUUCUUCUUUGCGUGUGUGGUGGCUGUGGUGGUGUGAUAGUUGGUUGCAAUUAUGCUGCAAUGUGGUGUGAAUGGCUUUUGAAGUGGCGCUUUUGACCCACUUGCAACCUUCUUCGUGUUUCCGUUACAACACAUUUACAUCAUGCG